AUGGCUACAGUGGGAUUCUGCUGGACGUGGAUGCUUGGAGCCCUCCUGGCAGUCCUGAUUCUGGGGGUCACAGUGCCUGUUCUUGCCAAUGAAGAACCUUCCUGUGACAAUCCGUCUUCCAAUCCCUCUGGGAAUCCCUCCGGGAAUCCCCGGGAGCUUGAAGCUGGAGCCGGUGAGGACAUGCGGACCGGCACUGACGACAGGUCCGAUGACAGCAGCAGCCGUAUCAUCAACGGGUCCGAGUGUGCCAUGCACUCCCAGAAGUGGCAGGCGGCGCUGAUGAUGUCACCCAGCCAGCUCUACUGCGGGGCCGUGCUGGUGGCUCCACAGUGGCUGCUGACCGCUGCUCACUGCAGGAAGCCGGUUUUCAGAAUCCUCCUUGGUCGACAUACCCUGUCCCCCGCCUUUGAAUCAGGGCAGCAGAAGCUCCGCGGGGUCAAAUCCAUCACGCACCCUGGCUACUCCCACCCUGGCCACUCCAACGACCUCAUGCUUAUCAAGAUGAACAGAAAAAUCCAAGAUAAUCAGAACAUCAAGCCCAUCAACAUUUCCUCCCGUUGCCCGUCCGCAGGGACCACUUGCUUGGUCUCUGGCUGGGGGACAACCAGCAGCCCGCAGGUGAACUUCCCCAAGGCCCUGCAGUGCUUAAACAUCACAGUGGUAAGCAGAGAGGAGUGCCGGAACGCCUACCCGGGCCAGAUAGAUAAAACCAUGUUCUGCGCCGGAGACAAGGCGGGCAGAGACUCCUGCCAGGGUGACUCCGGGGGUCCCGUCGUCUGCAAUGACUCCCUCCAGGGGCUCGUGUCCUGGGGAGAUUUCCCCUGUGGCAAGCCCAACAAGCCCGGUGUCUACACCAACCUUUGCCAGUUCACCAAGUGGAUCCACGACACCAUUCGAAAGAACUCAUGA